CGGCGAGGCUCUCACCCUCAUCGCUUCUUUCUUGUCCAGCCAACCGCUGUCCAUCCAUAGAUAAUAAGAGCAAAUCAUUUUAUCCUAUGUCUUUAAGCUUAGUAAUGAUUAAGCAUUGGGGUAGUUGGAUCAUUUCAACUCCCUCCUUUCCCUCGUAAAAAUUGUGUUAAGAAAAGCAUAUUACCUAUUGUUGUUAGUUACAAAAGUAAGAUACCCGGGUAAGAUGCCCGGAUUCCUUUUCAAGCAAACAACGCCGUCGUUUCGUUUGAGAAUGAGAGAUGGCUAGUUCCGUAAUUAAAAUCCUUUGUGAAGGGCAUUUAUGAAACAACUCAGAGUAUCCCGCCAUCGAGCUUAUGUGGUGAUCGCUGGUCUGUCUGACACUGAUUCUGCUCUCACGCUUUCUCUCACUUUCUUUCUCUCGGCUACAUUUAUUUUCUUUUCUGUUUUCAACUCAAAUUUUCUCGCGAAAAUAUAAGAAAAGAAAAAAAAAAUGAAAAUACGACGACAAUUACAAGGCCAAAUUAGCAAAGGCGACCGAGUGGAAGUGAAGCGACCAAACGGCGCGUAUUACGCGGCGACGGUGCUUCGGUUCCCGUCGGUAACGCAGAAGAAUACGGUGUUCGUGGAGUACGAAGUCAUCAACGAGGGUACCAAACACGUCAAGGAAUAUGUGGAUUUGAAUAACCUACGACUGUUGCCGCCAUGUGAGCCGAACCGUUGCUUCGUACCUGGAGACUCCGUCGACGCCCACUGGGAGAAUGGCUGGCGUAAAGGGGUUGUCAAGGAUAUACUUGAGAAUUCCAAAUAUGUUGUGGGUUUUGAUGGAAACGGAGAAAAAGAAGAAGAAAGUGAAAUUGAGCAAUGUAACUUGAGGCUUCACAGAGAAUGGGAUGAUGGCUCCUGGGUCCCGCCUUUCACUGAACGGACUCAGUCAUCUAAGGAGAAGGAUGAUAAAUUCAGGAAGGUCAAAGUGAAGAUUGUAUUUGGAAAAAGAGCAGCAGACGCCAAACUUCGAAAGGAUGACGAGGUGGAAGUCACUAGGGAGGAAGAAGGUUUCAGGGGUUCAUGGUUUAGUGCGGUCGUUGUCGAAUAUAUCAGGAAUGACAAGUAUUUGGUGGAGUAUACGACCUUAAGGACAGAGGAUGGAAUGCCUUUCAGGGAGGAAGCAAACGCAUGCCAUAUCAGACCAUGUCCACCUGAACUUUCACCUAUUGCUAGUUUUCACCUGCGUGAAGUUGUUGAUGCAUGGUAUAAUGACGGGUGGUGGGUUGGUGUGAUUUCCGGAGUACUCGCUGGACCGAAGUAUGCUGUCUAUUUCAGUCAAACAAAUGAGGAAUUAGAAUUUGAUCACUCUUACCUGAGGAUUCAUCAGGACUGGAUCAAUGGGAAAUGGACCAUUGCUUCUGAGGAAACAUCAAGACAGCUGCUAACUAACUCUAACAAGUUGCUACACAAGAUGGCUGUCAAGGAGAAAAGGCUUAAGGCAAAAUUUCCUAAGGGAAUGAAGGUAGAGGUCAAAAGUGAUGAAUAUGGUUUUGAAGGCUCUUGGUUUUCUGCUGUCAUUGUUGACUCAUUAGGCAAUGAUAAAUAUUUGGUGGAAUAUCUGACGCUGAAAACAGAAGAUCAAGAAGCAUUGCUUAGGGAAGAGGCAUAUGCUUCGUACAUAAGGCCCCAUCCCCCUCAUGCUGAGCAUGCCUAUCCUUAUCAAUUGCUUGAGAAUGUUGACGCUUGGUAUAAUGAUGGGUGGUGGAUUGGUCAAAUCGUUAAAGUUUUCACUGGCUGGAGGUACACAGUCUACUUCCGGACCACAAAUGAGGAACUAGAAUUUGAACAUGGUGAUCUGAGGCCUCAUCAAGAAUGGAUUAAUGGAAAAUGGGUCAUUGCUUCCAGGGAUGCUAGCUGAGUUACAGAGGGACUUGCAACCAUUUUGAGUCAGUCAUGGACUGUGUCUGAACCUUGGUGUUCCUUUUGUAUCUGUCAUUCAUUUGCACUCUGGUGUUAUGACUCAAAGCAUGUCUUAUAUAAUGCAGGCGCCGCCCAGGUGCAAUGCUGACAUCUUUUCUGUGUAGAAGUUUAUUCUCUGACUUAUCUGAUACUAUCUUGUAAAGAAGUUUAUUCUCUUCCAAGUUUAAGCUAGCAGCUGUCUUUUUUACCUAA